GGAUACUAGUGCUUAGCGUUUUCCUUCACCAGUCGUAAGCAAAGUCCUAACAAUACAAUUCUGAGAGGACAAGGAAAGGAAAAUUACAGUGCAUCGAUUUGUAUUUACGUGUAUCAUUGUUCACGCGUAUAAUCAUUCCUCGUGCUUUAUUUAUCUCUUAUCAUGUUAUGUAAUUACAAUUCGUCUCAUGAUCUUUGAACGCGCAGCUAAGUUUUCGUGCAUAUUCGACUGAGACAUGGCAUCAAAAUCAGUGUCAACUGUACUCGGAGAGAAGGAUGCGGGUCAGCUCGGGAGAAUACUUACGCACGAACAUCUGUCUAUGACUUUUACCACUUUCUAUUGCAAUCCUCCGUCAAAUCUGAAACGAUUUCUUGGUGGCGAAAUUAAGCUUGAAAAUGCUGGCAUUUUGAAACAAUACCCUUAUAGUAAUCGAUCUAAUUUAAUAUUUAACGACCAACAUACAGAGGAUGCUGUUCUCGAGGAUGUGAAAUUGUACAAAGAAUUUGGCGGAGGUACUAUAGUCGAAAAUAGCAAUCACGGUUUAACACGCAAUAUUCCGUUCCUGAAGAAAAUCAGCGAGGAAACGGGAAUUAAUAUUAUUGCCGGAACAGGGUAUUACGUUUCCGCGAUUCAGAACGAUGAAGGUUUAACGAAAGAAGAAAUGUACGAUGUAAUGUUGAAGGAAAUGACUAUCGGUUGUGAGGAGUGUCCUGAUGUGAAAACAGGAUUCAUUGGGGAAGUUGGAAGCACCUGGCCGAUCACAGCUUUCGAAAGACGGGCUAUAGAAGCAACCGCGGAGGUUCAGGCACAGUUAAACUGUCCCGUAAGUUUUCAUCCCGGGAGAAAUCGUGUCGCACCUUCUGAAAUAAUGAGGAUUUAUCAGGAAGCUGGAGGACAGGCAAGAAAAGCGAUUAUGUCGCACCUUGAUCGAACUUUACUCUCCCUGGAAGAACUUUUAGAGUUCGCCGAUGAUGCGAAGUGCUACUGUCAGUUCGAUUUGUUCGGUAUUGAAUGCUCGUUCUAUCAGUUGAAUCCAUUCGUGGACAUGAUAUCCGAUGCGCAGCGUAUCGAUCGCUUGAAACAUUUUCAAAAUAACCAGAAGUUGGAUCGCGUACUCUUGAGUCACGACAUUCAUACCAAACACAGAUUGAUAAAAUUUGGCGGGCAUGGAUAUUCUCAUAUUUUGAACAAUGUCGUACCGAAAAUGAUGCUGAAAGGCUUCACAUCUGAGGAUAUUGAUACGUUGACUAUUCGCAAUCCAAGGACUUGGUUAACAUCUUAAUCGUCACGUUACGAAGAUACAUGAAAACGGACGUCUAUAAAAUUAAAACGACACAUUUGUACUGAUUGAAAAUAAUUUUUCACAAAAUAAAUUAUCCAUUCUAAAA